AUGUCGGGGCCAAAUGGGGACAAAGCAGUGAUUGAGUUCGCAGAGAAUGUGGAAUUCGGCAAACCAUCGGUGGACUACGGCCAUGGCCAUAUCCUGGUGGAUAAUUAUGGCCAGGUGCAGCGGCUGCCGGUGCCCAGCAAGGACCCCAAUGAUCCAUUGAAUUACACGAGAUGGGAGAAGAUUGGCAUUAUCGUGAGCUGUUGCUGGUUCUCGACAAUGUCUUUGUCGCUUGUUGGGGGCUUAGGAGCUAUCCUCGACGUAUUCUUCCAAAUGUACACGCGGGAAGGGCGCACUGCCAACGAGAUCGUGUGGCUGUCAACUUUCCCUUCCCUUUUCGUCGGCGUUGGCAACUUCCUCGUCCUCCCACUUGCCCUGUUAUACGGCCGUCGUUUCACUACAAUCGUUUCGACUGUCAUUCUUUUAGCAGCUACGAUCGGAUGCGCAGUCUGCAAUAAUUGGGAGCAACAUCUAGCUUUCCGGAUUGUGCAAGGCCUUUCAGCUGGCGUGACCGAGUCGGUCCUACCUCUUAUCCUUGCAGAGGUGACGUUUGUUCAUCAGCAUGGAAUGGUGUACGGUAUAUACUGGGCAGCACAGAGUGUCAUCACCGCAUGUCUCAAUCUCGCUGCUUCCUACGAAGUAGCAGCCCUUGGCUGGCGCUGGUACUACUGGGUAUUCGCGAUCACGGUUGCUGCUGGCUUGAUCCUAGCCAUUUUCUUCGGUUUUGAAACUAGCUACCAGCGCAGUUCUCAGUUUGUGAACGGCCGCUUGGUCAUCACCGACCAAUUCGGUGUGACUAGAAUGCUCACGGAAUACGAAACUCAGGAGUACCUAGAUACACACGGCCAUCCUGGUGACGAGCAUCAUAUACCAGAAGAACUGCGACCGAAGAAAACUUAUCUGCAGAUGUUAAUUCCAUGGUCUUCACCGAGAGAGAGUCCCUUGACCUUGGUCCCUAGAACCACUCUCCAGAUCUUCGAAGCAUUCAUGUCUCCUGGCAUCCUCUACGCCACACUCGUCGCCUCCGUCGUCCUCGGCUGCUCAAUAGGAAUGUCCCUAUCCUACAACACCGUCCUCCAGUACAACUACCACUGGGCUCCUAAGUCCAUCGGGCUAAUCAAUCUCGGCGGUGUCUUUGGCGGAUUCGGCGGCAUGCUCUACGCCGGCUUCUUCGGCGACAAAUUCAUCAUCUGGAUGGCGAAGCGUAAUGGCGGAGUCCACACACCAGAGCACCGCCUCCCACUCCUCAUAUUCCCCGGUAUCCUAGCCGUCGUCGCGCUCCUUAUCUAUGGCUUUACUGCCGGCGGCAGCGCGACCUGGGGUGGCCCUUACAUGGGCUGGACUCUGUUCCAAAUCUCAUUUGUCUCGGUGCUUAUCCUGUCGACAUCCUUUGCGGCUGAGGCGUGGGAGAAGAACCCCGGCCCGGCGAUUGUGGCUGUGGUUGGGGUCAAGAAUAUUGUCGCAUUUGGCUUGAGUUAUGGGAUUAAUCCGAUGACGGAGAAGUAUGAUUAUCCUGUUGCGAUGGGGAUUCUGGCCGCCAUUUGCGGGGGUGUGUUUUUAUUCGGCAUCCCUGUCUACUUUUUAAAUCCGAAGUGGCGGAGGCGGAUGGAUAUGAAGGAGCGUAGAAGCGCCAUGCACUGA